AGUUCUCUUUGCAACCUAAAAGCUAGUCACUUUGUUGUCUCUCCGUUCGGAUCCAAUAGUUCGCGCAGACACUUGCUGAGCGGGUGAUAGCGGGGUCAAAAUGGUUUCCUUUUCCUGUGAGGCUUGUGGUGAUGUCCUCACCAAGAAAAAGCUUGACCCUCAUCGCAACCAAUGCCGAGGCGCAUCCUUCACUUGCAUCGAUUGUAUGGUACACUUCCAGGGAACUAGCUACAGAUCGCAUACGGUAUGUCUAUCGCUUUUUUGGCUGUCGGCUCUAGAUUUCGCCAGCGCAUAUCUCUUGUGCGGACUCGUUCCUGCAUUGUCGCGUUGUUUUAAUAGCAAAUGGGCAGCGGUCGCUGGGAGAAAUUCUUGACAACCCUCGCUGUCGCUUUAUAGCUCCAGCUGACUGUCUGCUUUAUCUAGUCAUGCAUGUCCGAGGCCCAAAAGUACCAGGGCGCAUUGUACAAGGAGAAGCCGACGAAAA